UAUAAGAGUUACUUCCUCCUCCAAUUCCCCCACUAGUCACAAAGAGAGAGAGAGAGAGAGUUAUUUAAGUUCUCCCAGCCAUGAGUGACACAAUGGCUAGUCACACUGACUGGUUCCAAUUCUACCGGCGAAACGUCACCGGAGAAGAGAGGCCACCACCUCCAACAUCAUCGGCGUUGUACGGUCGGGCAUCCGAUUCCACCGUGGUCACUUCAGUUAGCACUCCGGUGACCGGGAAUUCAACUCUGAUGGGUACUGGUGCUACCCACUUGAACGCAGAAGGGCGUGUGGCAAAACCAAGCCGGAGGAGAUCAAGGGCUUCUCGGAAAGCUCCUACAACUCUACUCAACACAGACACCACCAACUUCCGAGCCAUGGUUCAGCAAUUCACCGGAGUUCCAAGUGCACCCUUCACCACUGGUCCUCAUCAAACCGGUCCAGCCAAUUUCAAUUUUGGUUUGGGAAAUGGUCUUCAACAACACAAUCUGAACACAGCUUCAAUCAUAGCACCACCACCUUCUGGGUACCAUCUUCAACAACAGCAAUUCCAACAACAACAACAGCAGCAGUAUAUGAUCUCCAUGAACAACAACAACAACAACAGUGAUGUGUUUCUUCAGAGAUUCAGUAAUGGCAACCAAAGAUCAAACAUGGAGUUUCCUGUCUCUGAUGGGUUUCUGAUGGAAAGUAUUUUCCACCCACGUGCUUCAUAGGUUGAGGAAAGGAAGAAAAUUAGGUAUUGACUUGUAACAGAGGGCUUUUUGGCUUUUGACUAUACUUAUGUAAAUAAUAAUAUAAUCUCUCCCCCUCUUAGAAACUUCCUCUAGAAGACUAUAUUUAAUACUAUUAAUAUGUUUUUAAUUUAUUGUUUUGUUUUGUUUUGUUUAAUUUUGAUUUAUGUUCUUAGGAACUUUGUUAAUUUUCAGUGAUUAACUUAAACAUGGAUUGUAAUUUUCUCAACAGUUAAUGGUGGAUCAAUUUUAAUUAC